CAACCCCCUCGUGGUGCGUUUUUUCCAAGACGAACAUAUUUUUUGUUCGGAUUGAACGUUUUGAGGGAAUAACUAAAAAUUAAUAAACAUAAACAUACAUCACAACAUGGGAUGGGAAGAACCUCUUACUAAGGGAAGAACCCUCCAGGUUUUCGAAUGAGAUUACACCCUGUGUGAUGAACGCUGUCUCAUUUUAAACAUGCACUUUAUAUGUAAUUAGGACAAGCCAAGAAGCAGAAAAGUGCUGGUAUUACUAUAAUAUUAGGGUAGAACGUCUCCAGCGAGUAUAUACGUUCGUGGAAAUGACUGCAAUUGUUAAACUAGAACCGAAACAACAAGAAGAAAUAGGUACAUACCUUGACCAAAAGGUUUUUGUUACUAAUAAUGAUGUAUCUGCAACGAUAAAGCAGGAAUGUAAUGACUUUACAAUCAGUGCAAAUUAUGAUGGGAAUAAUGAAUUAGAUCGGGAAGAUGGAAUUUUUGGAAAGAUCUUGCAUCAAUAUCAAGAAAAUUUCUCACAGAAUAAUCCACAACAGUUAAUACAUAACAAUUAUAAAUCCAAGUUUAAAACUUCAAAACUUUUUAAGUGUGCUCAGUGCGACUUCUCGACCAAGUAUAAAUUUAAUUUAAAGUCUCAUACAUCAGCACAUAAGUCAUGUAAAGAAUUUAUAUGUGUCCAGUGUUAUUAUGCAACCAAUAAUAUGGCCUAUUUUAAAAGUCAUCUGUUAACUCAUAAGACUUUUAAGGAUUUAAAAUGUGCCCAUUGUGACUUCGCAACCAAUCGUAAAUCUAGUUUGAAGAUUCAUUUAUUCACACAUAAGACAUGUAAAGAUUUUAAAUGUGUCCAAUGUGAUUACACAACUAAUUAUAAACCUACUUUAAAGUCACAUCUCUUAACACACAAUUCGUCUAAAGAUUUUAUGUGUACCAAGUGUAACUAUGCAACCAAUUGUCGUUCCCAUUUGAAAAGACAUUCGUUAACACAUGGGACCAAGGCCUUAAAAUGUGCUCAUUGUGACUUCUCAACCAAUUAUAAAUUUAAUUUAGGGUCGCAUAUGUCGGCACAUAAGACAUCUAAAGAACUAAUGUGUGCCCUGUGCGAUUAUGCCACCAAUAAUAGUGCUCAUUUUAAAAAACAUCUUGUAAUACACAAGACUUCCAAGGAUAUAAAAUGUGCCCAUUGUGACUUUGCAACCAAUUAUAAAUCAAGUUUAAAGCUACAUCUAUUAACACAUAAGAAGACCAAUUUAAAAGUACAUGUGUUGACAUAUAAAACUGUUAAAGAUUUAAAAUGUGCUCAGUGUGACUAUACAACUAAGUACAGAUGUAGUUUAAACCAUAUAUUAUAUAUAUGGUUUAAACAGACAUCUGCUAACACACAAGACGUCUAA